CUAUAUUAGACGGACAACAGUCGAGGGCGGCGACGCCCGUCUAACGCUUUCUGCAAGAUGUCCUCCUGGUUAGUGAUCCUGCUGGUGCUGGCCUUGCUCUACUUGCUGUACAAGCUGGUGGUGUUUGUCAGAGCUGAUGCUGAUCUCACACUCCUCAGCAGAACACUAGACACCCGUUACUUUGACAACAAGGUGGUGUGGGUCACUGGAGCCUCUUCUGGAAUUGGAGAGGAGCUGUGCUACCAGUUGUCUAGACUGGGUGCUAGACUAAUUCUCAGUGCAAGGUCAGAGGACAAACUGGAGGUGGUCAGGAAGGGACUCGCAAAACCCAACCAGGCAAAGAUCCUGCCAGUUGACCUGAGUGACCCCUCUGCCACUAGGGAGGCUACUGAAAAGGCAAAAGCUCUGUUUGGAGGAAUAGACAUUCUCAUCAAUAAUGCAGGUGUCUUUACCAGGUCACUGUUUAUAGAUAUGCAAGAGCCUACACACAGACGUCUCAUGGAAGUUGACCUCUUUGCACCCUGGAUACUGACCCAUGAUGUCUUGCCAGGAAUGCUCUCUUCUGGUUUCGGUCAUGUGAUAAACAUUUCGUCCAUUGUGGGGAAAUUCAGCACUGGCAGAAAAACUUCCUAUUCUGGUGCCAAGUUUGGCCUUAACGGGAUGAUGGACUCUCUUCGCUGCGAGGUUAUAGAUAAGAAUGUCCAUGUGACUAACGUGUGUCCGGGGCCAGUGAAAACAGCUGUGGCAGAGAAUGCUCUCCUGUCUGAUGGAUCCACCAACAACAAGAAAAAUCCUCUCAUUGAGGGCGGGAUGACAGUUCAAAGGUGUGCAGAGCUUACUCUGAUCGCUGCGUCUAGUCAGCUCUAUGAGGUAUGGAUCUCGAAGCAUCCCUAUCUCCUGUGCACCUACCUGGCUCAGUAUGCUCCCUCACUCUGCAAGUGCCUACUGCACUGGUGGAGUCAGAGGAAAGAGAAGAUGAAUAAAGAUAAAAAGAAUUAACUAUAUGAUUUUUCCAAUUGUCUACUCUAGAUCUUAUCUCAUUAUGACUCAUGGGGGGGAGGGGCUAGCUAGUAUUAUAUAAUAUUAAUAGUUAUCAA